AUGAUAUUUCCAAAUUAUUUAUAUGAUAAAAUAACAAAAUAUAUUAUAGAUUAUUUAUAUAUAUAUAAAUUAAAAUAUAAUGAUAAUCAAUUAUCAAAUUAUACAUACAACAAUUUGGAAAUUAUAAAUUUAAGUUUAGUAAAUAAACAAUUUUUCGAAUUUGUAUCAGUUUAUAUAAAAGAUGUUUUAAGUUUCAAAAAUUAUAAAUACCUUGCUCCAUUAGUAGACAAUCCAAAUAGUAUUUUCAAUGAUCAAAAUAUUUCAGUUAAAAUUUACCAUUCAUAUUUAGAUUAUAAAAAUGGUUUGGGUGGUGCGGGAAAUACUGACCAAUAUAGAAAGAUAUUAAUAGAUUGUGAUGAAGAAGAAACAUUAGAAUUAUUCCUUUCAAAUAAAACCUUUUCAAAUAAUGUGUUUGUUAAUGUCACACUUUCUAUGACUAAUGGAUCAGAAAUUUACCAAGAUAACCUAGGUUUUCAAAAAAUAGAAGAAAUUAGCAAUAGAAUUCAGAUUAAUAUAAUUUUAUUGUUCAUUGACAACAAUAAUAUCCAAAAUUCUCAAGAAGCUUUCGAAAAGAUUAUAAAAUUAAAAUCAAAAUCUAUAAUUAUUUACAACUUUAAAGAAGUUUCAAAAAAAAAUGGUAUUGCACCCAGUGCACAUGAAUUAUCAAAUAUAAAAAAUGAAACCCACCAAAUUAAAGUUUUUUACGUUCCCGAAAUAGAGCUCUAUGACUAUGUAAGACUUUUUAAUGGUAAAGCGAUCAGAGAAGAAAACAGUAUCAUGGAGAUGAACAAGAAAGACUGGGAUACUACAAUCAAUAUGUUGUCAUCAAACAAGACCAUUGAGCAUUUUUCAUUAAGUGCGUUUGGUUUCGAUUUUACAUCUAGUGAAAGAAAAGGCUCUAUUCUUCCAUUCUCAAAUACAAAGCUAGAUCUUUCAGUAGUCACAAAAGAUUUAAAAACCGUUUUAACAAGUCCAAAUAAUAAUAUUAGGUCACUCGAACUCGGUUUAUUUGGUCAGUUUAUUAAAGAUAAAUUAAUAUUAGAAGGUUUAUCAGAAAACCAGACCAUUAUUAAAUUAUCAUUAUUUUCAACACCAGCCAACGACAUUAUUACCCAAGUUUUGCCAAAAAAUAGAACCCUCAGAAAUUUAAGUAUUACUGAUAAAACCAAACAUAUAAUAGAGUCAAUCAAAUUAUUAUCAAAAACCGCCAAUAUCGAUUUAUACUCUGUCUCUUUCCAUCUCUAUCACGAAGAAAAUGUGAUGCAAUCAAUUUUAAGUGUUUUACAUGACAAGAAAAAUUCUUUCCAAUCAAUUAAAGAGAUUAAUUUUUAUUUUUUCAAAAUUAAUUUUAAAAAUUAUUCUUAUUCAAAUUCAAAUUAUUUUUUAAAAGAUUCAAAUACCCUUGUAAAUUUAUUUUGUUUGGGUUAA